AUGGAGGAAAAAGCAAGAGCUGAUCAUAUUUCAAUUACUAAUUCCAAUGAAUUAAACUACGAUGAUAACAGCAAUUCCUAUAAAACUCAACCAGAAUUAGAUGAUGAAUUAUUUAAUGCAAAACCUGAUCUUUCCUUAUCAUCAAUUUCUGGAUAUUUUGCCACUAGAUUAACCACAUUAUUAGACUUGCCAUUAUACCAUACCCAUAAAAAAUGGUAUGAAGUAAUUAAUCCUCUACCAGGAUUAAAAUCAAUGAGCAAAUCUGAUUGGAAUUUUUAUUGUUUAGGGUUUUUCGCUUGGGCGUUAGAUGCUAUGGAUUUCUUUUGUGUUUCUGUGGCUGCACCUGAAAUUGCCAAUACGUUAAAUAUCAGUGUCACUGAUGUUACUUGGGGUGUCACAUUAGUGUUGAUGUUAAGAUCUGUUGGAGCAGUUAUAUUUGGUAUUGCGUCGGAUUAUUUUGGUCGUAAAUGGACAUAUAUUUCUAUUGUUACUUUAUUUGUUGUUGUUGAAGUUGGUACAGGGUUUGUUCAAACUUAUCAACAAUUCUUGGGUGUAAGGGCAAUAUUCGGAAUAUUGAUGGGGGCAAUGUAUCCCAUUGCCAUGGUCACAGCUUUAGAAGGUCAACCAAUCGCAGCAAGAUCAGUGUUGCUGGGAUUAUUUUUACCUGGGUAUUGUUUUGGAUAUAUUAUGGCAAUGGUUUGGUAUCGAGCAUUUGCUAACACUUAUAAAGAAGGUGAAGGUUGGAGAUCUUUAAUCUGGUUUUCGGGUGGAUUAUCAUUGAUUUUAAUUGUUUGGAGAUUGUUUACUCCUGAAUCUCCAGAUUAUAUUAAAAUGAAAAUUAAAAAGGAAAAAUUCAAUCAACAACAAAGACUCAAAGAACAAGAACAAAAUGGUGGUGUGGCCUUAAAGGAGAAAAAAUUCUGGCAAAAAAUUGAUAAAUCUAUCCUUGUAACUUUUAAAACUGAAUGGUUGAUUUUCUCAUAUUUGGUAUUACUUUAUGCUGGAUGGAAUUUUACUACUCAUGGUUCUCAAGAUUUGUAUGUUACCAUGAUCACUAAACAAUAUCAUGUGGGACUUGACAAAAAAACUGUCAUUAUUGUUGUAUCUAAUAUUGGUGGUAUCAUUGGUGGUAUCAUCAUGGGUCAAGCAUCAGAAUUGUUAGGUCGUCGAUUGACCGUAGUCAUUAGUAUUAUUUGCGCUGGUGCAUUCUUAUAUCCAUCGUUUUUCAACCCCGACAGAAACUGGCCCGCUUAUAUCUUUUUGAAUGCAUUUGUAUUUGGAUCAUUUAGUGUUGGUCCGGCAUAUCUUUUAGAAUUGGUUAAUUCUACUCAUAGAACUUUAUUAUCGGGCGUUGCUUAUCAAUUGGGUAAUUUAGUUAGUUCAGCUAGUGCUACCAUCGAAGCAAAAAUUGGAGAAAGGUUUCCGCUUGAAGAUCAACCAGGAAUGUUUGAUUAUGGUAAAGUUAUGUGUAUUUUUUGUGGGGCUAUUUUUGCUUAUAUGAUAUUCAUUAUCUUUUUAGGACCAGAAAGAUUCCAUAGAGAUUUGCAAAUUCAUGAUACUGAUGAAAUCGAGGAAUUACAACAAGAUAGUUCUAGCAACAACGAAAGCGUUAAAGAGAGGGUUUAA